AUGGCUGAGAAAGUUCAUUCCUUUGAGGAGGUAGCUAAGCACAACAAGAAAGAUGAUUGCUGGCUUAUCAUCUCUGGCAAGGUCUAUGACGUGACACCAUUUCUGGAAGAGCACCCGGGAGGAGACGAUGUCCUUUUAACAUCAACAGGGAAGGACGCAACUGUCGACUUUGAAGACGUGGGGCACAGUGAUGAUGCGCAAGAGAAAAUGAAGGAAUUCCUUAUCGGCCAUAUUGACGAGUCUACUCUGCCCGAAACCAAACAGGCCUUCCACAUCACCAGCACUACUGCAGGUGCAGCCACGGUGAAUCAGGGCUCUGGUGGAGACUCGUCCAAGGUUCUGCUCUAUGUCCUGCCCCUCUUGAUACUCGGUGUUGCAUUCCUUUUGCGUUUUUACUCUCAAAAGGAGUGA